GUCCACAUCUAUGAGUGCAUAUCCAAUUUCAUUCGUCACCGGUAACAAGAACAAAUUGGCGGAAGUGAUCAAAAUACUUGGCCAUGAAUAUACUGGGAAGUUAACAGCCGUUGAUUUGGAUUUGCCGGAAUUACAAGGCACCAUAGAAGAUAUCGCUCGUCAAAAGUGUUUAAGUGCCAGCAACGUAAUUACCGGACCGGUGCUAACAGAGGAUACGGCCUUAUCUUUCCAGGCACUCAAUGGAAUGCCUGGGCCGUUCAUCAAGUGGUUUUUAAAGGCUGUAGGACCGGAUGGCUUACCGCGCCUUCUGGCUGAUUUUGACGACAAGCGCGCCACAGCCAUAUGCACUUUCGCCUUCUGUCCUGGGUUCGGUCAGAAAGUACAUCUGUUUACCGGUCGUACGGAGGGGCGCAUAGUUGCUCCUCGUGGACCACGGGACUUUGGAUGGGAUCCGGUGUUCCAACCUGAUGGAUUCGACCUGACCUAUGCGGAGAUGGAUAAGGCUACCAAAAAUACGAUUUCACAUCGUUAUAAGGCACUGAUGGAAGUCAAACGCUAUCUCGAUGAGGAAUAUGAACGAACUUGACGAUACGUAUUGCGCUAAGUUACUGGGAAUGAAAACAAUUUCGCUCUUGUAUAUUUUGCUCCAUUAGCCCACGAUCAAAAUAAAAAAAUUGUGCAUUCACCGGAAGUGACCGAGAUUUAGACACUUUUUGAUGAAGCCGUUUCUCCACAGGGAGUUACAUUCGUUCUUGCAGUGUUGUGUCUCCCUGUAGCAACUGCCUC